CUCGGAAUGUAUACAAGGGUCCGCUCACCAAAAGAUGGAGAGCAGCUACACAAUGGUAACCUGAGAGAAUACAAUUAAAUGAAAAUGAAAAUACCAAAAAGAAAGCUAUUCCUCCUAAUUAUUUUUGCCUACGUGGCAUUUUCCCUCUAUGCUGCAUACAAUGUCUUCUUCAGCACCAAAGUCAUCUCCCGCGUUCACAGGGUGGUGAAGAAAGAGACGGGGGCGCUCUCGGAUGGUGCCAAAGACGGCGGUGCUCCUUUUUUAGCCCGUGACUGGAAUCCGUGGGAGGAUGAACAGGUGGACUACAACUCCGAUCUCACCAAAAAGAGGCAGGCCUUCAAACAGCAACUGGGUCGAAUACACCAGAACCAACCCAAACGAUACAGGGUGCAGAUCUGGGGUAAAGCUGCCAUAGGGAUUUACCUUUGGGAACAUAUUUUAGAGGGACCCCUGAACCCUACUGACAAGAUCGCACAAUGGCAAGAGGGGGAACUGCAGUCAGGAAAGAUAGAUUUCAGUUUUUACACAGGUCCUGCUGUGGUCCAGGGGCAUGUCCCUCUGGAUAUGAACAGCCUGGUUCUGGUUCUGAAUGGCCGGGAACAGCAGAAGGUCUCUUACUCCACACGGUGGCUGGAGCAUGUCCAAGCGCUGGUACAGUCCCGCACAGUGUCACAUGUGGCGGUGGUCCUGCUGGGAAAUGAGCACUGCAACAACGACUUCAUUGCCCCAUACUUAAAGAGAAAUGGUGGAUUUGUGGACUUACUGUUUGUAGUUUACGACAGCCUAUGGGUCAACGACAAGGAUGUCUUCCAGUGGCCCCUUGGUGUUGCCACAUACAGGCAGUUUCCAAUGAUCAGGCCAAAUGCCCAACUGAUUACCUCCAACAGGCCAUACCUCUGCAAUUUCCUAGGAACUAUUUACAAAAAUUCCUCCAGAGAAAUUCUUAUGCAGGUGCUAAAACAAUCUGGUCUGGAUAAGGAAUGCAUCACCACUGCCAGGGAGAAAUGGCUCCCUCAGGAGACAGCAGACAGUUUGAAACGCUAUCAGACGGCUCUGGCCCAGAGCGAGCUCACUCUGUGCCCCAUCGGAAUCAACACCGAGUGCUACCGCAUCUACGAGGCCUGCUCCUAUGGCUCAGUGCCCGUGGUGGAAGAUGUACUGGCGCCUGGGUCCUGCGCGUCCGGGUCCAGCUCCCCGCUGCGUUUGCUCAAAGCUGCAGGAGCACCCUUCGUUUUCAUCAGUAACUGGAAGGAGCUGCCGGCCAUCUUGGAGCGGGAGAGGGGGAUGAGCCAGGAGCAGAGGGUGGACAGGAGGAGGAGGCUGCUGGAGUGGUACGCAGGCUUCCGUCAGCAGAUGAAAGAGAGGUUCACAGAGGUCAUCGAGGAGACUUUCUUCAAAAGUGGCUGACGGCUGUGUUCAUCAAAACAUACAUUUAAAAGGUACACAGGGGUAUACAGCCGUUCAAUAUUGGUUUAAUUCAUUUCUGUGGUUUGUGGAUAAAUGUGUCGUACUACGGAUGUUGUGUGCCUGAUGAUGUUUAGAGUAAUAUUCCUGUGCGGGUUAUUAUGAAACCAUUUGUGUGUGCUGUAAGGUGGCCAUUACUAUUCAUUAAAGAACCCCAUGACAUUAUUUACAUGGGUCAUGUCCAUCAUCCUAAUGUUUACAAAGGUGGAAAGUCCGGGCGUUUAGAAAACACUCAAAUAUACUGCCUUUGCAUUUUGAAGAUCUUAUAUUAUUUCAAACCAUGUUUUAUAUCUGUUUGUACUCACUUCAUGUUGUGAUUUUCUGGAAACACUAAACAUUGGGGAGUAGAAUGAGAUGAGAUGUGUUUUCAAGCCUCAUUUGAAAAUGGUGCUUAGAGCUUUUAUCUUAUAAUUGACUGGAAAACUGAUGCUGUUUCUUUGGCAUGUGACAAUUUUCUGAUCAAAGUUUCAUUGGUGUGGUGCAUGUAUGUUUCAAGACGUUUUGGUCCUGGACUGAAAGAAGCCGAUGUGCUUGUAUGCAUUUAUUUUCAUACGCGGUAGAUGGCGCUGUGGUCCAGCUAAUCGUUAGUGGCAACAAUGAUCUCGGACGACGGCAAACGCUUUGUGAAGUUAGGAGAAGUGAACGCGCUAAAGCAUGCUGACAUCUUUGAUAUACGUACUGUGCAUUUGACUGCUUGUCUUUUGGAAUAUAUUUGGAAUAUAUGAUGAAUAACGUAACAAUAAAAUACAUGUAUAUUAUAUUA